GACAGUGAUUUCAUCCAACCGGAUAGCGUCUUUUGUUUUGUGGACCAAUAGGAUUCCUCGGUGGGCGGGGCUUAGUGGUCCCGCCUCUCGGCCUCAGCCUCUGUCAUUCCCAGAGCGGACUGUUUGUUGUCAAAAUGGAGUUCUUACUCGGGAAUCCGUACAGCACUCCUGUGGGUCAAUGUAUAGAGAGGGCCACAGAUGGAGGCCUACAGAACGAGGACUGGACCCUCAACAUGGAGAUCUGCGAUAUCAUAAACGAGACAGACGAGGGGCCAAAAGAUGCAAUGCGGGCACUGAAGAAGAGACUCGGUGGCAACAAGAACUACAGAGAAGUGAUGCUGGGGCUAACGGUGUUGGAGACAUGUGUGAAGAACUGCGGUCACAGGUUUCACGUCCAGGUUGCCAACAGAGAUUUCAUCGACGGUGUGUUGGUCAAAAUCAUCUCCCCCAAAACCAAUCCUCCAACCAUCGUACAAGACAAAGUGCUGGCGCUCAUACAGGCCUGGGCUGAUGCCUUCAGGAGUAGCCCCGAUCUGACAGGUGUGGUCCACAUUUACGAGGAGCUGAAGAGGAAAGGCAUUGAGUUCCCGAUGGCAGACCUGGAUGCGUUGUCUCCCAUCCACACCCCAGGGAGGGGUGUACCAGAGGUGGACCCAGCCAUGCUCAAGUACCUAGCCCCUGCCUCGCCUGCCGUCGGGACUCCUAAACCUUCCCCGACCCCGACUCCGACCCCAGCCCGGACACCGACCUUCACUCCUGCCCUGACCACACAGGCCCCCAUCGUGCCCAGCCCCAUCACAGCAACGCCUGAACAGAUCGCCCGGCUGCGCAGUGAGCUGGACGUAGUAAGAGGAAACACCAAAGUCAUGUCAGAGAUGCUAACAGAGAUGGUCCCCGGGCAGGAAGACGCCUCUGACCUCGAGCUGCUUCAGGAGCUGAACAGAACAUGCAGGGCAAUGCAGCAGAGAGUGGUCGAGCUGAUCUCUCGCGUCUCCAACGAGGAAGUGACCGAGGAGCUGCUACACGUCAACGACGACCUCAACAACAUUUUCCUCCGAUAUGAGAGGUACGAGAGGUACAGGUCGGGUAGAGCCGCGCAGAACAACGGGCUGAUGGAGAUGUUGAGUGAGGCCACGGAGGACAACCUGAUAGACCUGGGCCCGGGCUCCCCAGCUGUGGUCACGCCCAGGACCAGCUCCAGCCCUCAAGCCAACGUCAACACCGCCACCCCUGCCCCUGCCACCGCCACCGCCACCCCCACCGCCGGGGCCACUGCCUCCCCAGCCCAUAUUCCAGUUACAGCCUCGCUAACCUCUGCACUAGCUGGUAUUGACGUAGCUUCGGACAGCGUGAGUGGGACGCUGUCCUCUCUACCAGGCCGCAACCAGGAUGACUUUGACAUGUUUGCCCAGACCAGGAGCAGCUCUCUGGCUGAUCAGCGCAAAAAUGUAAAGUACGAGGACCCUCAGGCUCUGGGUAGCCUGGCCUCGGCUUUGGAUGUGAGACAACAGAACACAGGAGGGCUGAGGGUUAAAGGGGAUGAUAACCCAGCAGAUCAGGAGCUGCCCAUAGACAGCUGGCUUAUUACCCAAGGAAUGAUCCCCGUAUCGCAGUCCUCUGUCAUGGAUGACAUAGAGGAGUGGCUCUGUGCUGACGUGAAAGGGGAUGCUGCCGAGGAAGGGGUGACCAGUGAAGAGUUUGACAAGUUCCUGGAGGAGCGAGCAAAGGUGUCAGACUCUCUGCCGUCUCCCACCGGAGCUAACCCCGCUCACCCGGCUCGAGCCCCCGCCGGCUCCCACAAGAAGGCCGAGCGGACGGAGGACGCCCUCUUUGCCUUGUAGACUUGUUCUCGGAGAACCUCCAUCUCUCUCUAGGGGGCGUCUAAAGGUCCUCGCCCUCAAUGAUUCCUCCCAAAACAGUCCCUCCGCUCCCAUUUUCCUCGCCGACUCGCCGUGGUUAUAGCAAGUGAUCUCCACCUCCUUGUCAUUCUCUCGCCACAGUGUUGCUCUAACAUGCAGAGGUCCGACGUGUUUACUGCGCACAACUGUUGUUUUCUUACAGUAUAUAUGGAUGUAUUAAUCUGUUAGUGUGGGAUGUACUACUCGCAGCAUCUCAUCUGUAACGCUCCACCAAAGGAACCUGUCUGAUGUGGUUUCAAAAUGUGGUAUAUUACUGCGAGAUUCAUGGCAAAAGGUUCAUGCAUUGAGUCAGUAUAUGGGAGCAUACAAUUAGGAUUACAUUGUGUUGUUUUACUACAGUCAGCUAAUUGCUAAUUUAUGCAUUUCUUGUUUUAAUGGUUUGUUCUGUACUAUGUACUAGCGCUGUGGUUAUGGUCGAUCCAUGCAAUUCUUUUUUUUAUUUUUUUUUUCUCCAGAAGUUAGAGUUGUAGUCAUGAUUUUAAUACUGACAUAUGUGCGGAAUGGCAACAGGUUUUAUAACCCAAUUACCCAUGCGGACAAAACACUGAUGUUAAGCAGGCUGAUUUUGCUAGCGAGGAAUAUAUAAUGGCUAAAUCGUAGCUACUCUUGAUGAGUGUACGCAAGCGUUCCUUUAACCAAAGGGAUUAGAAGAAGUUAGGAUGUAUUUUAAAAGGGGAAGGAACGUGCCCGUGGAAUAUUACCCAUCAGUCUUUUCACUCCUCUGAAAAGCGAAUUAGCUGCUCUAGAACAAUUACAAACACUUUUACCCAUUCCAAAGAUUAUUGAGGCUUUAAAUGACCAACUAGCACUGAAUUUUACCUGUCGAACAAUAAUCGCGUGUUAUUAUAAGCGUUAAAGGGAUCAUGAACAGUUUUUCCUUCCCCUGCUCUAUUAAUGUCUCUGUGCACUUUGAAGCAAAAAAAACAAAAACAAAUCUGUAUUUUGUCCUUUGUGUUUACAAGAUGGUUACUAUUUUUCUAGGGGAUGGGAAAUGGUCUUUAGGUUGACUUCAUUUUGCACAUAACUUUUGUAACUGUGUGAUUACAGGGCUCGUUCACGUAGAGGUGGAUCGAUGGACAGUCCAACUUUUAGGAAUAU